AUGUCGUCUCAGACUUCUUCAAUGGUUGUUGAAUCCGGCAGUCAGACCGGUGCAGCGUCUGGACAGGCCUCGAACAAUCAAGCGACCUCGAACGAUCAAGCGGCCUCUCGGCAGGCUCGCUUCGAUAUGUUCAUGAACGAUAACGACAACCAGUACACACGCCUCGAAUCCAACAGACCAGCCGAACGACCAGCCGAACGACCAGCCGAAAGACCAGUCGAAGACAAGCCCGUCCAAAAAGCCCCCCGAACCCAAUAG